AUGUUGAAUUUAAAAAAAUGGAUAUCAAUUGAAUCAGGCGCAUACUUACCAAACAAAUCAAUUGGACAGAUGAUGAAAAAUCGUGAGUUGGGAAAGCGUAGGAGACAGUACGGUGACUGUACAAUGACUGCCUCAAACAGAAACGGUUCUUUCACUAUGGCUGAAAAAGCUAAUCUUGCUAAUAGAUUUUUUCCAAAUCGAGAUGACAUGAUAUCCGUAAGUCAAUGUACAUUGUUACGCUGUAUGCAUUUGAAUUCCGAUCGAUUGGUUUCUCUAAGUCAAGAUAACAUUCUAAACUUUCAUUUGCGAAAUAGUUCACAACAUUAUGAAUUGUUGAAUAGAACUGACCUUCCAAGUGCUAAUAGUAAUGUUGUUGAUAUUGCUAGUGGUUCAAUGGGUGAACAUCUUGCUUACACAACACUUGACGCAUACGUUUACUACUUUCAUAUUGAUCGAAUACGACAGGCAGCACGUUGGAAUUUAUUUCAUGCAAUACAACCAAUAGCAGCUUUACGAUGGAAUAUAUGUUCAUCCAUAUGCUUCAACAUGGAUGAUAACUAUCUUUUAGUUGUUGAAGCAGGCGGUCGUAUAAGCAUUAUAAGUACCAAAGAACCAAGUCGUUAUUCAUUUCAAGCUCAUCAAAGAGAUAUUAGUGCAAUCAGUUCCUCCAAAGUUAAUCCUAAUAUUUUUUACACUGGAAGUCCCGAUGGUUUCUGGAAAGUGUGGGAUAGUCGUUCAAACAGCAAUCGCGUUCCAGUUCAAAUGCAUGCUUCUCGUUCAUUAUAUAAUGUUGCUAAUAUAGAUAGUGAUAGUCAAGAUAAGUAUGUUGUUACAUCCUAUACUUCCGGUACCAGAAUUGAUGCAUGGGACUUACGAUUUUUCGGGAAUCAACCAUUUGUUAUCUAUCGGGAUGAAGAUGAAGCAACGACACCUUUUGCCAGAGGGAUGAGUAACAAAUCGGAUUUCUUAUGGCGAGCCAGAUUUUCACCGCAGAUUACUGGACAUCGUUAUGUAUAUGCUAACAGUUCAAGUGGAAAUAUUUACAUUUUUGAUAUUACCACCGGUGAAACGCAACGACUUCACAGACAUGGAACUCUAAUAUGUGAUUCUACUUGGCAUCCAAAUAUCUCCGAAAUAGCUUGCGGAACAGUAUGA